AUGACUAUUGAUAAGCCCGUUUUUUUCUUCGAUUGCGACAAUUGUCUCUACCACAAAAACACUGGCAUUCUCCAGCUCAUGAGACAAAGAAUCGUCGAGUAUAUGGUAAAUAUGGGAAUAUCCGAUAAAGAAGCUCAAGAACUUCGAAACCGAUACUUUUCGGAUUAUGGUCUAGCGCUACGUGGUUUAUUAAAGCAUCACGAUGUUGAUCCUUUGGAAUAUGAUAGUAAAGUAGAUGGUGGCCUUCCACUUGAAGAUAUACUUAAGCCUGAUCCAGUGUUGAAAGAGAUGCUGGCCGGUUUGACGUCGACGAGAAAGUGGGUGUUUACCAAUGCCUAUUAUCCGCAUGCUGAACGCUGCAUAAAGCUCCUGGGGAUCGAUGAUCAGUUUGAAGGAAUGACCUUUGCUGAUUACCGAGUACCAAACUUUGUCUGCAAACCUGAGGCCGCGGCAUACAAAAGAGCAAUGGAAGAAGCUGGCGUCACAGAUCCAAGCUUGUGUUAUCUCGUUGAUGACUCUGCUGCCAACGUUGACGUUGCAAAGUCUCUCGGAUGGACAGCUGUGCAUGUAGCGGAUAAUCCAGAAAUAUCAAAUCAUGGUGAUUAUCAAAUUGGCACUAUCCACGACCUACCAAAGGUGCUUCCCGAACUUUGGAAGUCUUCUGAAUAG